AUGGCUAAAGCAAGGAGUGAGCAGGGGGUGACAAAUCCUUUUGCCCGACGCCAGGGUCUAUUGAGUUUUAGGAGCGGGCAAGUGAAAUUUUAUCAACCACGGGAAAGUUUUUCACUUUAUUUCCCUUUUCAGAAAGUGGAUGAGAGCAUGGGUACGAAUAUGUCUCCCAAAGAAAGAAUACAAUUUUAUAGAGAUAAAAAACUCCAGAAACGUCGUCAACAAAAGCUAACAUCCUACCACAGAAACAAAACUUCCAAUGAGACUAAAUAUAAACAAACUGCAGAGGCAAUAAGAAAACGUCUCUAUAGGGCAAGACGAGUCGAAUUUAGAGAAAAGGAAGCUGAAAGAAAGAGAAAAUAUAGAAAAUCAUUAAAGGAUAAAAGUGUUCGUGUCUCUGCGACCCCAGAAAAUGCUUCUAAUGUGUGGAAAUCUGUGUUUAACAACAGGACAAGCAAGCACAGGGCGUUAAAAAAUUUGAAAGAUGCUUUACCCCAUACUCCAAAAAAGAGGUCAGCUACUCUUGCGGCAUAUUUGAAAAAUACGAAAUCACCUACAACAGAAAUUCUAAAAAACGCUGAUGUGAUAUCAUCACCCGAAGAACAAAAUGAAAAAUCAACAGAAAAAGCCGUACUGAGAGAUUUAAAAGCAACAAUUGAUAGUUGCAAGAUGAAAAGAUCAAAGGAUUCUGUCGCAUCGAUGAAUGUACUCACUGCGUCUGUCAGUGGGGAACAAGUGACCAUGAGCAGAUGCCGAAAAAAUCUUGCCAAAACUCUUGGAUUACCAAUUCGACGCAUAAGUAAAGGGAACAGAAUUCGAACAACUGUGUUGAAAUCGGAAAAAUCCUGUUGGACUUAUACAUCUAGAAAAACACGAUCUGAUGCACUUCCAAAUGAAACAAAACGACUUGCGUACGACUUUUGGCUACGUCCAGGUGUGUCCCGACCAACAGGAAAUAAGCCCGAUAUCAAACGAGAAAGAUUAGGACCAAAAACCUACACAAGUCAUCCAGUGCAUAUCCUUGAAAAAACUCAAACUGAAGUUUACCUUGAUUCUAUUUCCGAAAAUCCGGAAAUUAAAAUGUCUCAAAGGUCAUUUGAAAACUGCAAGCCAUUUUUCGUCAGACAGGCCCGGUCAAAGGACAGGCAUACAUGUUGUUGUAGAUACCAUAUAGAAAUAAAGAGUGCCUUUAAAUCCUGCAUGAACUUUCGAAAAAAGAUUUUAAAUUCAAACGGGAGUUCCAUUGGAAACGAUGUCCCAUUAUUCGAGUCCAUAAGCGAUUUAGUAGAUGCCACACUGUGUUCUAACCAAGACUUAAAAUGUCUAAAGCGGAUUUGUGCUGAUUGUGGUAUAGAAAAGUUACACCUACUCCCCGAGGAAACUGGAGAGGCUGAAAUUGACGAAACAGUUAAGUGGGAAAGAUUUGAGAAGGUGGACAUAAAAGUUAAAGGCAACAAAUUGAUCAAGAAGCUUGUUUUAGUUAAAAAGGAAACAAAAGUUAGUGAACUAUUUGCACAUUUGAAGCAGCUAUUAAAAUCGUUUCCAUUGCAUCAGCAUCGGGCAACUUGGCAAUACAGCCAAUUUCACAGUCUUGUUUCUAAUCUUCCGCUAAAUCACUGCGUCUGUGUGCAUGACUUUUCUGAAAAUUACCGGUGCACCGGACUAAAGCAACUACAAAGCUCGUACUUUCAGAGGACAGAAGUCUCAAUUCAUGUUUCUAUUAUACAUCGCCAUGCACUUCUUGACGUAGAUGGUAUAGAAAGUUCCGAAGAGAAUCCGGAGAUUAUCACUGAACACUUUUUUGUUAUAAGUAAUGAUCAACAGCACGACCAGUAUUUUGUCCACGCUGUGCGGAAAAGUAUAUCUGAAUAUCUGUCAUCCAUCUCAUAUCCCACGGAGACCAUGCAUGAGUUUACUGACGGGUGUGCAGCCCAGUAUAAAAGUCGACAUUGCUUUGGUGACAUCAGUAACUCCUGUCAGGAUUUUGGGUUCAAGCAUUUUACCCGAAAUUUCUUUGAGACAGCUCAUGCUAAAGGGCCUCAAGAUGCUGCAGGGGGGCUUCUUAAAAGGCAAGCAGACAUGGCGGUUUUGAGAGGACAGGCACUUAUACAAAAUGCACAGGACCUGUACGACUUUGCAGUUUCUAAUUUGACCAUGACAAAGUCCGUGUGCCGACGUAGAAUCUUUCGUUUUAUGGAUUGCAUUCCAAGAGAUGACAACUUGCGAUUUAAGUCAGUACCUAACAUCAGGUCUGUUCAUCAAGUUAUUGUUCGAGACUCCGACGACGAAAUAACAAUCCGCGAACUGUCCUGUUUCUGUGAUAAAUGCGAUUCGCAUUCCUAUGAUGAAUGCUUAAAUGUUCCAGCAGCUGGGCAUUUUCUAACUAUUAAAAUGAUACAGGAAACUGACACCACAACCGAUGUCGAUCAGGAUGAUGACCAGGGAUCCAUGGCAAAACUUGUUUCUAAGGGCCAGGUUAUUGCUGUGUACGCAGAUGACCCACAUCAAGACUAUUUCUUGUUAAAAGUCCAAGAACCUGCCCAUACACUGGACAGCGACAAAACUGAUUCGUGGGGCUCGACGUUACCAGCUGGUACUGAUGUCAUAACUGGACUGUAUUAUGACAAUACAAAGCAGAAUCCUCUUAGAUAUAAACUUUUAAGACGGAGAAAGGCAAUUGUACCAGCAAGUGCAGCAGUUUACAUCUGCUCCGAAGUAGAUGCAAGGGUCACUAUUAAUUUAGACGAAGAUGUUCAUUUGAAUAUACUGCAUGCGAUAAACGAAAUUCUUAUGUCCUAGAUACGUGUAGGUUGACAUGUUUUUGAAUACUAGAUACAUGUAGGUUGACAUGUUUUUGAAUCGUAUGGAUGCUGUACAUACACAUAACGACAUGGGAAAUCAAUUAUCAAAUAAAUACCGUAUGUAUUUUAAAGUAUGAAUUGAUAAUUGUCUUAUGUACUUCGUUUUUGAUAUAUUGUUUUAUAUAUCAAGGAACAUUUCCAGUACGUAAUAUACUCAAAUAUUUAUU